AUCCCCCUCCGCCUCCGCCUCCUCUUCCUCCAUCUCCUCUGUAGCCAUGCAGUCGUUGGCUCUCUCCCCGUCCGUGUCCCUUCGCCUGUCCUCCUCCCCGAAAGUCGAUGCCUCUGCCGCCACCCACCGUCCAUUCUUUCUCCGCCCCCAUUGUGUCCGACCCCCCCGCGCUUCCUCCUCCGCCUCCGAGCACCACCAGAUCGUCGACAGCCCCCCGCCUCCGGCACCGGAAAUCCCCCCCGUCCCCGACAAGCUUAACCGCUACAGCUCCCGGAUCACGGAGCCCAAGUCCCAGGGCGGGUCCCAGGCCAUCCUUUACGGUGUUGGCCUCUCCGAUGACGACAUGAGGAAGCCCCAGGUGGGAGUAUCGUCCGUCUGGUACGAGGGCAACACAUGCAACAUGCACCUCCUCCAUCUCGCCGAGGCCGUCCGCGAGGGCGUCCGCGAGGCUGGCAUGGUUGCUUUUCGAUUCAAUACCAUUGGCGUCAGCGACGCUAUUUCGAUGGGAACCAGAGGAAUGUGCUAUAGCCUACAGUCGAGGGAUCUUAUAGCUGACAGUAUCGAGACCGUCAUGGCGGCGCAGUGGUACGACGCUAAUAUCUCAAUCCCAGGUUGCGAUAAAAAUAUGCCAGGUACAAUUAUGGCAAUGGGACGACUUAACCGACCAAGUAUUAUGAUUUAUGGUGGAACUAUCAAGCCUGGACAUUUUCAGGGAAAUUCCUAUGAUAUAGUAUCUGCAUUUCAGUGUUAUGGGGAAUAUGUUAGUGGGUCAAUAAAUGAUGAUGAAAGGAUGAAUGUUGUUCGCAAUUCAUGUCCUGGAGCUGGGGCUUGUGGAGGCAUGUAUACUGCUAACACCAUGGCAUCUGCUAUUGAGACGAUGGGCAUGUCACUUCCUUACAGCUCAUCAACCCCUGCAGAAGAUCCACUGAAGUUGGAAGAGUGUCGCUUAGCUGGAAAAUAUUUAUUGGAAUUGCUAAAAAUGGAUUUGAAGCCUUGUGACAUUAUCACUGAGAAAUCAUUACGCAAUGCUAUGGUUGUUGUUAUGGCACUUGGUGGGUCUACUAAUGCAGUGCUACAUUUGAUUGCUAUAGCUAGGUCGGUGGGCUUGCAUUUAACCCUAGAUGAUUUUCAGAAAGUUAGUGAUCAGGUCCCUUUUCUUGCCGACCUCAAGCCUAGUGGAAAGUAUGUGAUGGAGGAUUUACACAAGAUUGGAGGUACACCUGGAGUCAUCCGUUUCCUUUUGGAGGAAGGUUUUCUGGAUGGUGAUUGUAUCACUGUUACUGGAAAAACUCUUGCAGAAAAUGCCAAACUCUUCCCUGCCUUAAGUGAAGGACAACAAAUAAUAAGACCAUUGUCCAACCCUAUCAAAGCCACAGGGCAUAUUCAGAUACUUUAUGGAAAUCUCGCUCCAGAGGGUUCUGUGGCAAAAAUUACUGGCAAAGAAGGGUUAUUUUUCUCUGGUCCUGCGCUUGUUUUUGAGGGUGAGGAGUCCAUGAUUGCAGCAAUUUCAGAAAAUCCUAUGAACUUUAAGGGUAAGGUUGUUGUCAUCAGAGGAGAAGGACCCAAAGGUGGACCAGGCAUGCCUGAAAUGCUGACACCAACUAGUGCAAUAAUGGGUGCCGGUCUUGGAAAGGAGUGUGCCUUGCUUACUGAUGGUAGGUUCUCUGGAGGAUCUCAUGGGUAUGUUGUGGGCCAUAUAUGCCCUGAAGCACAGGCAGGCGGCCCAAUAGGCCUCAUUCAAAAUGGAGAUAUAAUCACAAUCGAUGUCGUGAAGAGACGAAUGGAUGUUCAUCUGACUGAAGAGCAAUUGGCCGAGAGGAGUAACAAUUGGAGCCCACCACCUCUCAAAGCUACUCGAGGAGUGCUCCUCAAGUACAUCAAAAAUGUUCAACCUGCAUCGAGUGGAUGCGUGACAGAUGAAUAAGGAUGUGCUUAUCGGAAUUCUGAGUGAUCAUAAUCAUCAGAGGAUUUAGAUGGCAAUGCUGCAAGCUCCUGUUCAAGCGGCUCCCUUUUUUUUUUUCCCUGAGAAACAUUUAUCUAGGAACAUUAUUCUUAUGAGGUUGUGUGCAUGUUGGAUUUGUCAUUAAUUUAAAAUACUUAAAAUGCUCUCCAAAUUUUUGUUGUGAAA